CACUCACGGUCUAUUUUGGGCGUUAAGAUGACGCCACAAGUUAUCAACGAUGACCUCCAAAUUAAUUAGGUCUUCUGCACCGCGUCGUACAGUAUCGCCUCGGAGUCACCUUGCCACGCUAGCAUCCGUCCCAGGGCAGACUCGUCACUCGAUUCUCUCUCUCUCUCUCUCUCUCUCUCUCUCUUCUCUCUUGUUGUGUCUCAGUAUCAGUCACUCUUUCUCGCUCUUACAGAAAACCAUUCACAAGGCAAGAUCAUGGUCUCGAAUUCCAAAUUCAAAAAAUCCCAAGGGGAGCAGGGGAGUGAUGCCAUGGCGGACUUGACUACUAAACUUACGCAGCUGAAAAGGCAGAUUCACUCCGAAAGAGUUGUUUCAGUUGGAGAGAAACUUGAGAAAAAUAGCAAGAUGGUUCAAGCUUGUGUCUCUGAAUUCGAAGCAUUGGCUGCAUCAAGGUGUGACUUAAGUGCCACAAGGAGUGAUAUUUCGGGCGAUCUUCUUUCUUUGAGAAUGAACUAUCCUCUGUGCAAACUUAGCGGACAUAUUCAAGGAUCUACAGAUAGAGAUGAUGCUGAUGGCGAAGAAGUUGUAUUUCCUACUACUGCCAAACUUCCUCUUAUUGAGAGGAUACCUUCCUACACUACUUGGAUGUUCUUAGAUAGAAAUCAAAGAAUGGCUGAUGACCAGUCGGUCGUAGGGCGCAGACGCAUUUACUAUGAUCAACAUGGUAGUGAGGCACUGAUCUGUAGUGACAGUGAAGAAGAGCUAGGUCAACCUGAGGGAGGUAAACAUGAAUUUUCUGAAGGAGAAGAUCGUAUCAUAAGGGUGGCUUUUCAGGAGUUUGUGUUUGGCAAUGACGUUCUCGAUAUGUUGACCCAAUUUGUUGGAGGAACCUCUCUGGAAAUCCAAGAGCGGUGCAACAUGCUAAUGGAAAAAGAUCAACUGAUAGAGAAACAGAACUCGAAAAGUUCAAAGGAAGAGGGAUCUGAAGAUAGUGUAUUCGCGUACAAAAGGCUCGCUGCUGCUUUAGAUUCUUUUGAUAAUCUAUUUUGUCGCCGUUGUCUGGUAUUCGACUGCCGUUUGCAUGGUUGUUCACAAAAUCUAACAUAUCCUAACGAAAAGCAAACCUACCACCCAUUUGAUUCCGAAGAAGACCGUGUACCCUGUGGCGAUCAAUGUUAUCUCCAGUUGAAUGGUUUGAAAGACUUGGCUAAGAAUUCAGCAGAAGAUUCCGUUCACACACAUAAAGCAUCCGAAGAGGAAGGAAGGAAUCUCUCGGCUCCAUAUGCCACUGAGCAAGAACAUCAUCGAGAUAGCAAAGGAGGAGGGCGCAUUAUAAUCGAACCAAAUUUGGCUUCUGAUGACUCACUGAGUUCAUCUAAUAAGAAGCUGAAGUUGACCAAUCUAAAUACUCUAGUGGACAAUGUCUUUAGAUUGGACGAUUUAGGAACUAAUAACAAAGGAAAAGAUAUCACUGAACCAACUCUGAAUCAGCCGCAUAAUUCUAUGGGAAAGCUAGCUGCAUCUUCACAUGUACGGAGUGAGUGGAAACCUUUCGAGAAAGACUUGUACUUGAAGGGGUUAGAGAUAUUUGGAAGAAAUAGUUGCUUUAUAGCUAGGAAUUUGCUUCCUGGUCUGAAAACAUGCAAAGAAGUAUCCGCUUACAUGUACGCUGAUGGAGAAUUUAUGUCUGGUGGGUCUUCGGCUAUGCCGGGCUCGUUUUUUGAAGAUUUUGGGAAAGCUUAUAUGGAUCGUAUGGAGAUAUUUAUGCCAGUGAAGUCGAGAAUAUGUCGUAAAAGAGGAAGAGUGCGUAAGGUGAAGUCCUCUUGGAAAUCUGCUGGGCAUCCAUCCUUAUGGAGAAGAGUUGUGGAUGGGAAAGACGAGCCAUAUAAGCAAUAUUCUCCAUGUGCUUGCCACCCUUUGUGUGGCAAGGACUGCCCUUGUCUUCAAAAAGGGACUUGCUGCGAAAAGUACUGCGGGUGCUCAAAAAGCUGCAAAAAUCGGUUUAGAGGAUGCCACUGUGCUAAAAGUCAAUGCAAGAGCCGACAAUGCCCUUGCUUUGCAGCCGGGCGCGAAUGUGACCCCGAUGUUUGCCGAAAUUGCUGGAUUAGCUGUGGUGAUGGUUCAUUAGGGGAGCCUCCGAGACGAGGGGAGAGUCAGUGUGGUAACAUGAAGCUCCUAUUGAGGCAACAGCAAAGGAUCCUCUUGUCAAAGUCCGAUGUUGCUGGCUGGGGAGCAUUUGUUAAGAACUCUGUCAAUAAAAAUGAUUACCUCGGAGAAUAUACUGGCGAAUUGAUCUCCCAUCAAGAAGCUGAUAAGCGAGGAAAAAUCUACGACCGUGCAAAUUCAUCGUUCCUCUUCGACUUGAAUGACAAGUAUGUCCUCGAUGCCUAUCGCAAGGGAGACAAGUUGAAAUUCGCUAACCACUCAGCAGCUCCGAAUUGUUACGCAAAGGUAAUGUUAGUGGCUGGUGAUCACCGUGUGGGAAUAUACGCAAACGAACAUAUUCAGUCCGGUGAAGAGCUUUUCUACGACUAUCGUUACGGGCCCGAUCAAGCACCCCCAUGGGCCCGCAGGCCCGACACUUCAAAGAGAGAUGAUUCCCCCCUACACCAUCAAGGUCGAGCAAAGAAGCACCAAUCUGGUUGAGCCUUCACUAUAUAUAUUAUUCUUUUUCUCAUGCAAUUUAUAUAGUAUAAUAUAAUUAGACUACAUAGAGUGGAUGCAUACAUUUUCAUAUAGUUUGUGCAAUAAAAACUGCAAUAUGCCUGUAAGCUGCUAUAGACAAUAAUCACAAUAUGCAUAUGAAUAAAAGUUUAGCCUGCUUGGUAUAUUCUAUGUACAAACA